CGAUCGCAUUCUGGUUGAACGACCACACUUUCGCUGUUCAACAACUCAUAGCCUGGAAAACGGCGCUCCAACCCUGCACCGAAAAUCUUUGAUCUCAUUCUCACGAUGGUGCUCUUCGACGAAGAUCCGGUCACUCUCAUUUCCGCGACAACAGAGCAGUUCAAAAUUGCGCCGGACAAAGAUAGCCUGACACGGAUAUCCGACUCAUUGCACUCUCUGGGCAGCACGCGACAAAUGCGCAUCGAUGCACAAUCACAAAUUCUGAGCACACUAUCGCGGAAACUCAACAAUCUCAAAGGACAGUAUGACUACGAGGAGGAACGCCAUGAUGCCGGACGACACGCAGCAGAGAUGCUCAAGAUGGACACGGAAAAGUUCAGGAUAGCCAAGGGAGCCAACGACGCGGAGAUCGAAAGUGAGCGAUUGAGUGGUGAGCUUGCAGCGCUGAAGCUACAACUUUCGACGCUGGAGAAGGAGGGUGUUGAAGGCGCAUCGCGGCGCGGAGAAGACGAGGUGGAUGAGGUCGUGUUGAAGCUACAGUUCUUCCGAUCCCUCGGGAUUGAUGCGACACAGGACCCAAAGACGGGCGAGUACACGCGCGCUAUCAUUCGCAACUCAAAUCGAGGAGACGUGAAUGUGGUGAAUGUUGACGGCAAGAUGUCGCCCAACUUCACGGCGAAUAUGUUCUGGGAUGCUCUCUAGAGCCCGCAUCAUAUGUUCCUUUCGCUUGCAAGCUUCCAACUGAUUCGACGAACUGAAGUGUGCCUUCUACCACUGCGCGCUGCUUCGCAAAGUAAUAGCGAAGCCAAACUUCCUGUUUGGCGCAAGUCUCGUAUUCGUAACCGGGCUGUGUAGGUGACGGCUACCUCGGCAUUCCGCAACGUACUGUUCUUUGUAACAGCACAAAGUGAUUCAAUAGAGCGCGGAAACAUAUUGCUACCGCUCCUGUGCGGCACUCGCUCCAUACAGCAUCACCUUGUGUCU